AUCAAACAAGUGCGGCCCACCUGAUUUUCUGUACUACGUGACAUGCUUUCAAACACCUGAUGAAUGGUCCAGAUCUCACGAGCGUUCUCUCAAUCUCUCCUCGCGCGACUCCGAGUAAAUCUCCCUAACAAAAAUCCUUCCAUCCCUCCACCUCCCCCUCUCUCUCUGGAAAUUUCUUCUUUUUCUAGGGUUUUUCUCCUCUCUCAGCUGCGCUUCUAUACAUCGCGCCGGACGCCACCUCCUCCGAAGAAUCAACGCAACAAAGGCGCCCUUCCCCGCUGCCGCUGCCGAAAUCUCCGAACACAAAGUCGCGACGCCAGAACUCUCACGUCCAUCGCGUCUGACCGCAGCGAAUCCCUGGACUUCUAAUAACAAAUACAGAUGUAUUCGUUUACAUAUCAAUCUCUAAUAGAUAAUAAUCAUAAUAAUGAAAAUUUCUAGGGUUUCUUUCUUUCUUUGAUUUUCUGCUUGAAUGUCUUGUAGCAGCAAAUCCAUUGUAAUUGAAUGAAUUCCUUCUAUGAUUCGAAUGAUCGACACUCGCGUCUUCUCUCUACGGUUCUUUGAUCUCUUCUAUCAUUUUACUGUAUUUUCUUUAUUUUUCCUUAUUUAAUUUGUUUAUUUUGAAAUUCAUCGUUCCUGAAUUAGGAGCGAGCGGGAACAGAAUUUUAGGUUUUGUGUGAAAAAAAUUCUGCAAGAUCAUAACUUAUACCUCGAGAAACCAGAAAGGUUGAAUUUUGUUGUUUGCUCGGUAAGGGGUUGUUAAUGGGUAGCCCUGGGUUGAUUAAUCGCAGUAACGGGCAGCACCACCUUGGUGUCACGGAGCCAAUUUCAUUAGGUGGGCCGUCGGAGUUUGACUUGAUCAAGACCCAAGAGCUCGAAAAGUUUCUUGCGGACGCGGGAUUGUAUGAAAGUCAGGAGGAAGCCGUUGCUAGGGAAGAAGUGCUUGGGAGAUUAGACCAGAUUGUGAAGACUUGGGUGAAGAAGGCUGGCCGGGCGAAGGGAUUCAAUGAGCAGCUUGUCCAAGAAGCAAAUGCUAAGAUAUUCACAUUUGGUUCUUAUCGGUUGGGGGUACAUGGCCCUGGUGCAGAUAUUGACACGCUGUGUGUGGGGCCUAGACAUGCCACAAGAGAGGAAGAUUUUUUCAUUGAACUUCAUCAGAUGUUGGCUGAGAUGCCUGAAGUAACAGAGUUGCACCCGGUGCCCGAUGCUCAUGUGCCCGUGAUGAAGUUCAAAUUCAGUGGGGUGUCCAUAGAUCUUUUGUAUGCAAAGCUCUCACUUUGGGUAAUUCCUGAAGAUUUGGAUAUUUCACAAGACUCGAUACUUCAGAAUGCCGAUGAACAAACUGUCCGUAGUCUCAAUGGUUGCAGAGUUACAGAUCAAAUUUUGCGGUUGGUCCCAAAUAUUCAGAAUUUCCGCACAACCUUGAGAUGCAUGAGGUUUUGGGCAAAACGGCGUGGCGUUUAUUCAAAUGUUUCAGGCUUUCUUGGUGGUAUAAACUGGGCAUUGCUUGUUGCUCGUAUAUGUCAGCUAUACCCAAAUGCAUUGCCUAGUAUGUUGGUAUCUCGUUUUUUUCGGGUUUUCACCCAAUGGCGCUGGCCAAAUCCGGUGAUGCUAUGUCCUAUUGAAGAGGGCUCCUUGGGACUUCCUAUUUGGGAUCCAAGAAGAAAUUUUCGUGACAGACUCCAUCAAAUGCCUAUAAUCACGCCUGCGUAUCCUUGUAUGAACUCUAGCUACAACGUCUCAUCAAGCACUUUGCGUGUAAUGACUGAAGAGUUCCAGCGUGGAAAUGAAAUAUGUGAGGCAAUGGAGAUAAACAAGGCUGAUUGGAAUACCCUUUUCGAGCCCUAUCCUUUCUUCGAUGCAUACAAGAACUAUCUGGAGAUUGACAUCACUGCAGAAAACGAUGAUGACCUGAGGAAAUGGAAAGGCUGGGUUGAAUCUCGGCUCCGCCAACUGACAUUGAAGAUAGAGAAGUACACAUUCAACAUGCUUCAGUGUCACCCGCACCCAGGUGACUUCUCAGAUAAAUCGAGGCCAUUCCACUGCUGUUUUUUCAUGGGUCUGCAACGAAAGCAAGGUGUACCUGUAAAUGAAGGGGAACAAUUCGAUAUAAGGUUAACGGUUGAAGAGUUUAAACAGUCCGUUGGUGCUUACACACUGUGGAAACCUGGGAUGGAGAUCCAGGUGUCCCAUAUAAAACGUAGGAACAUUCCCAAUUUUGUUUUCCCUAGUGGGGUCCGGCCAUCUCGCCCCACUAAGGUUUCACACUUGAAUGGCAGAUUGGCUUUAAAACCAAAGGUCUCUAACGCGGUUCAAGCAUAUAAAUCAUGUGUAGCAGCGGGCAGCGUUAAAGAGGCAGAUGUAGCAGAUGAAGCAAGAAAGAGAGAGCCCGUUGGGAUUAACGUGGAUAGUAGCUUCACGAGUGAGAAGAGUAUUCUCGCAAUUGCUUCUGGCAGUGUUGGAGCUGAUGGAUCUGAAAGAUAUGGCCCACCUAUUGGCUCUCCUGGUGCAACCAGUUCAUGCUCUAAAGAAGCAGAGGGCAGCAUUAAGAAUAUUGACGGGUCAGAUGAAACAAGGAAGAGAAAAUGGGUUGACGAUAAUCCAGAAAGCAACCCGACGAAUGAAAAGUGUUAUGCUGCAGCUGCUUGUGGUGAGGGGGAUCGAAGCUGUAACCCUCUUCCCAUUAGAUCCUCUGGCAUUGCAAUUUCAUGCUCUAAAGAAGCGGAAGAGAUUGCUAUUGAGAAGCUAACUUCUACUCAGACAAUCGACCACACCGCUUUCCCUGAGGAACUUGAUGAGCUUGAGGAAUAUGGAUCAGCUUAUCAGGUUAGAGAUUUUGGUGGGGACUCAAAUGGGGGCUCCACUGCAUCCUCGACAGCGAAUGCAGUUGAAGGGAAGGUCGUAGGCUUGCAGGCCAGUCAUUUCCAAAAUGGGGCAGGAUUAGAGGAACUCGAGCCUCCUGAGCUGCCUGUUCCAUUACCUAAUGGCCCACCUGCUUCUGUCUCUCAGCGGAAGCCACUUAUCAGGUUGAGUCUAACUUCCAUGGUGAAAACAACCGGGACAAGCAGAUGAUAUAAUCGUCGAAGCAUGGGCAAAGGCAAAAACCUGCUGAUUUUCGUUUAUCCUGUAUAAUGUAACCUUUGUCAUCUUUGCUUGCUUCUUCCUCUAAUUUCCCCUAAAUUGCCCAUGGAAAGAUGGAUUCUUUGUUAUACUAAAGAGAAUGAGGAGAUGGUCUGUGGAUACCUUUUGAGUUGUGUUUUUCCCCUUUUGGCAAUUGCUACACCCAAACGCCUUAUUGUAAUAAGAAAAAAGUUUUUUUUU